AUGACACUUCCCCCUCAUAGGCAUUACAAUAUUGGGAUUGAACUUACAGAAGAGGGCCCCCUCAACUCCCCCCUCUAUAGUAUGACAGACGCUGAGUCCGCCACACUCAAGGACUGGCUCAGGGAUGAGUUGAAGGCAGGAAAGAUCCGGCCCAGCAAAUCCUCAAUUAGUUCCCCUGUCAUGUUUGUCCCAAAAAAGGAUGGUUCCUGCCGUUUAGUAGUUGACUAUUGUUGCCUGAAUAACCGGACAAAGAAGAAUGUCUACCCGUUACCUUGCCCAGACAACCUCAUGGCCCAGCUCCGUGGAGCCAAGAUCUUUACUAAGCUGGACCUACAAUGGGGAUACAACAAUGUCCAAGUAAAGGAAGGUGACAAAUGGAAGACGGCUUUCCACACAAAAUACGGGUUAUACAAGUCCCUGGUUAUGACCUUUGGCCUGACUAAUGCACUGGCGGCUUUCCAACACUUCAUGAACAAAUUAUUCAAAGAUUUACUAGAUGUAUGCGUCAUCAUCUAUCUCAAUGACAUCCUAAUCUACUCAAAGGAUGACGCAUCACAUACCCAACAUGUUCAUGAAGUCCUACGUUGUUUAAUAGAAAACCAGCUGUUCUGCAAAGCAUCAAAGUGCACAUUCCACGUUACAUCUGUAGAAUACCUAGGAAUCAUUGUGUUGGAUAAAGGUUUCAGCCUGGACAAGCUCAAGAUCCAGGCAGUCCAAGAAUGGCCUACGCCCUCAAAAGUCAAGGAAGUGCAAUCUUUCCUUGGCUUUGCCAACUUCCUUUGUUGCUUUGUUGCCAACUUCAGCCACAUAGCUAGGCCCUUACACAAUUUGGUUAAGAAGGACGUACCCUGGAAAUGGGAUACAAAGGAGCAGGAAUCAUUCCAAGGUUUGAAGGACGCUAUCACCAAUGCCCCAGUUCUCUGCCAUGCAGACCCCUCAAAACCUUAUUUCCUAGAAACCAACGCUUCCGGUGCAGCCCUGGGUUCCAUACUAAGUCAACAACAGGAAGACAGCCGCCUACACCCUCUGGGUUUCCUAUCAGAAUCAUUCAAGGGAGCCAAACAAAAUUACAACACCCAUGAUAAGGAACUAUUGGCAAUCAUCAGGUCUUUCAAGUACUGGCGCAUCUUCCUGGAAGGGACAAUCCACCCAAUCACGGUCUUCACAGAUCACCGCAACUUGGAAUAUUGGAAGGAGUCUUGUACAUUCAACUGUUGCUGCGCCAGAUGGCAUCUAUUACUAGCCGGGUAUAAUUUCCAAAUUGUGUACCAACCUGGCAAACAGUCCGGCAAGCCAGAUGCACUCUCACAACGCCCGGACCAUGCCAAUGUCCCACCUGCCAAUCAAACCAUGUUGCCUAAUCCUGUCUUUGCCAACAUUGCAUUAGUCCUGCCGGAACAGGAAUUACAGCAGCGCAUUGAGUCAAGUCUAGACCAGGAUGAGUCAUUGGAAGAGAUCCUCCAAUUCCUACAAAAUGAGUCCAAGGCCCCCCUGUCCAUCAAACGCGCUUUCAAAGAUUACCAGAUGGAGGCGGGCUUAUUGUUCUACCAAGGACGCAUUGUGGUCCCUGAUGUGGGAACCCUGAGGAUGGACUUACUACAAAUAUUCCACAACAGCCCUCUGGCGGGACACCCAGGCAGACAACAAACCCUGGAAUUGGUCUCCUGUAACUACUAUUGGCCAGGCAUUUGUGCAGAAAUGUAUUGGCAUGUGGAUUCCUGUGAAACCUGCCAACGGAUCAGGAAACCUGUCCUAGACGUCUGUAAGGACGUCGAGGAGGAAGGCGCUUGCGGCCGAGUGUAUCUAAGCCGUAUGGGCGAUGGCGGACUAUGUAAGUACAAUGCAGAGGCCGCUUAA